AUGGCUGGAAGAAACGAUGCUGCGAUUGCUGCUGCUUUGGAGGCUAUGGCUCAAGCUCUGGAACAUCAACCUAAUGCUGGUGAGAAUGCUGGGUCUCGCAGUUUGGCUACUUUCCAGAGGGAAAACCCGCCGGUCUUCAAAGGCAAGCACGACCCCGAUGGAGCCCUAGAGUGGUUGAAAGAGAUCGAGAGGAUCUUUCGUGUAAUGGAUUGUACUCAGGCUCAAAAAGUUCGCUAUGGGACGCAUAUGCUAGCAGUCGAAGCUGACGACUGGUGGCUAGCAACACUUCCUAGACUAGAAGCUGCAGGUGAAGAGAUCACUUGGGACGUGUUCCGAAGAGAAUUCCUGAGGAAGUACUAUCCUGAGAGCGUCCGUGGCAAGAAGGAAAUCGAGUUCCACGAACUGAAACAAGGGAACAUGUCAGUGACUGACUAUGCUGCAAAGUUCACUGAAUUGGCCAAAUUUUAUCCAUACUAUGAUGGAGAGGGUGCAGAGUUUUCAAAAUGCGUUAAGUUUGAAAAUGGAAUCUUUGAAGAAGAUAAUGCUGCUCACUAUAAGAUUGUCAGUGAUAGAAGAGGUAAGCAGAGUCAGCAACGUGGCAAGCCUUAUGACACUCCAGCUGGUAAGGGCAAACAGAGGGCUGCUCCGGGCCAGAGAACAAGUGGGGGAGGUGCUCCUGCCCCGAUUGUGUGUUUUAAAUGUGGCAAGGCUGGUCAUAAAAGUACUUACUGCACUGAUGACGUUAAGAAGUGUUUCCGUUGUGGCAAGACUGGUCAUAUAAUGUCUGAAUGUAGACAUAAAGAAGUGGUUUGUUUUAAUUGCGGUGAAGAAGGACACGUUGGAAGUCAAUGUCAGAAACCAAAGAAGGCACAAGCUGGUGGUAAGGUGUUCGCAUUGGCUGGUACUCAGACAAGCACUGAGGACAGACUCAUUAGAGGUACUUGCUUCAUCAAUAGUAUGCCUUUAAUUACUAUUAUCGAUACUGGUGCUACUCAUUGUUUUAUUGCUGCUGAAUGUGUUGAAAAGUUGGGUCUUGUGCUAUCUUCGAUGAAUGGCGAGAUGGUAGUUGAGGUUCCAGCUAAAGGAUUUGUGACUACACCUCUUGUUUGUUUGAAGUGUUCGUUGUCGAUCUUCGAUAGGGACUUUGCUGUUGAUUUAGUUUGUUUGCCGUUAAGUGGGUUGGAUGUAAUUUUGGGGAUGAACUGGUUAGAGUAUAACCAUGUUCAUAUUAAUUGUUAUAACAAGACUGUGAGGUUUUCAACUGCUGAAGAGGAAGAAGCUGAUUUGGUGUCACCAAAGAAAUUAAGACAGUUGCUGAAGGAAGAAGUUGAGAUGUUCUCAUUGAUGGCAACACUGUCAAUUGAGAAUCAAGCUAUAAUUGAUGAGUUGCAGGUGGUGCGUGAGUUUCCUGAAGUUUUCCCUGAUGAGAUUCCUGAUGUACCGCCAGAAAGAGAGGUUGAAUUUGCAAUUGAUCUUGUACCUGGUGGUGUACUUAUGCAGAAUCGUAAGGUAAUUGCUUAUGCUUCGAGACAACUGAGAAUUCAUGAAAAGAAAUACCCUACACAUGAUUUGGAACUCGCUGCUGUUGUUUUCAAGAAGCUGAACAUGAGACAGCGAAGAUGGUUAGAACUGCUGAAAGAUUAUGAUUUCGGGUUGAAUUAUCACCCCGGUAAGGCAAAUGUUGUGGCUGAUGCCUUAAGCCGGAAGACCUUGCACAUGUCCGUUAUGAUGGUUAAAGAAUUAGAACUGAUCGAACAAUUCCGAGAUAUGAGCUUGAUUUGUGAAGUGACACCGCAGAGUGUUAAGUUGGGAAUGCUUAAAAUUGAUAAUGACUUUCUGAACAGUAUCAAAGAGGCUCAGAAAUUGGAUGUGAAAAUGGUAGACAUGAUAGUGGGUUGUGGCAAAUCCGAGAAGAGUGAUUUUAGGGUGGAUGCGCAAGGAGUGUUGAGAUUGCAGGAUCGAAUAUGUAUCCCUGAUGACAAUGAUAUGAAAAGGAUGAUUUUAUAA